CGCAACGUCCCUACUUGUCUCGCAGACGUUAUCAUUACGGGUCGAAAAAAAUUUAAACAUCAAUAAAUACACGCUCGUUCGCGCUAUAGUACGCAACGUUUGUUCGUUUCAUUUUUCGGUCGUCGAAACGGUGGUUUCACGAGGGACGUUGCGUUCUCAAAAAUGUCCGAGAAGAGGGAACGCGAAGACAGCGACAAAAGCGAAUCGUCCGAUGACGAAUGCGUCGGUCCCAGUCUGUCCGAGGCAACGGAAACCGUUGAGAAAAAGAAAAGAAAAGUUUUAAAGCAUGAACAUUUGUAUUUGGAAAAUUUACCAACUUGCGAUACGUAUGAAAAAAGUUAUAUGCACCGAGAUGUUAUCACACACAUAUUAAUUACCAAAACUGAUUUCUUAAUAACUGCUAGCUGUGAUGGGCACGUAAAGUUCUGGAAGAAAACAGAAGAGUUGAUUGAAUUUGUCAAACAUUUUCGCAGCCAUCUCACUCCAAUCAUUGACGUAGCAGAUAAUUAUAAUGGAACUCUCAUGUGUACAAUAUCAUCAGAUCAAACUGUCAAAGUUUUUGACGUCAUUAAUUUUGAUAUGAUCAACAUGAUAAAAUUAGAAUACAUACCAUUAAGUGCAUGUUGGGUACAUUCAAAAGGAGAUCCUAUUCAUACUGUUGCUGUAAGUAGUUCUACCGAACCAAAGAUAUUUAUUUAUGAUGGUAAAGGAACAAAUGAACCACUUCAUGUUAUAGAAAAAAUGCAUUCCAAACCAGUUGUAUUCAUAAAAUUCAAUUCCGUAUUUGAUGUAGCUCUAUCAGCAGAUAAAAGCGGCAUUAUUGAAUAUUGGUCUGGAGCCAAAAAGGAUUAUCAAUUUCCAAAAUGUGCUCAAUUUGAUUCCAAGCUUGAUACUGAUCUCUUUGAAUUUGUGAGACAUAAAACACAUCCAACAAGCUUGUGUUUUUCCAAUGAUGGCUUAAAGUUCGCUACUAUGUCACCAGAUAGAAAAGUUAGAGUUUUUAAUUUUUUGACUGGAAAAUUAUAUAGAGUUUAUGAUGAAUCCUUGGCUCGUUUUAGUGAGCUACAGCAAAAAAAACAACAAAUUCCUAAUAUUGAAUUUAUUCGAAGAAUGGCUAUGGAACGAGAAUUGGAUAAGACUGAAAUCUCACACACAGCCAAUUUGUGUUUUGAUGAAAGUGGUCAUUAUUUAUUUUAUCCUACCAUGUUGGGCGUGAAAGUUGUUAACACUUUUAGUAAUACAUUAAUCAAAAUUAUUGGAAAACCAGAGAACCUUAGAACAUUAAGAGUCACCUUAUUUCAAGGUAAGGCAAAAAAACCUAAAGCAGCAGUUACAUUAGAAAUGGAAGCGGCAUCAAAUCCUACUCUGGAAGGGCCUUCUAGUGAUCCUACUCUGUUCUGUACGGCAUACAAAAAAAAUAGAUUUUAUAUGUUUACCAAACGAGAACCUGAAGAUAUUAAAAGUAUUGAUGCUGAUCGUGAUGUAUUUAAUGAAAGACCUUCAAAGGAAGAUAUCAUAUCUUCUACUGAAGCUGCUUGUAUUCAACGACUGUAUGACACAGCUACUUUACAUACUGUUUUCGGAGAUAUUCAAGUUGCACUGUUUAAAGAAUGCCAGAAAACUGUUGAAAAUUUUUGUGUACAUAGUAAAAAUGGAUAUUAUAAUGGUAACAUCUUUCAUAGAGUAAUCAAAGGAUUUAUGAUACAGACAGGAGAUCCAACUGGGACUGGAUUGGGUGGAGAAAGUAUAUGGGGUGGAGAAUUUGAAGAUGAGAUUCGACCACACUUGAAGCAUGAUAAACCGUACACGUUGAGUAUGGCCAAUGCAGGACCACACACAAACGGAAGUCAAUUUUUUAUUACACUCAUACCUACACCUUGGUUGGACAACAAACACACUGUGUUUGGCCGUGUCACUAAAGGAAUGGAAGUGGUACAAACUAUCUGCAGUGCCAAAACACACCCGAAAACUGAUAAGCCACAUGAUGACAUACAAAUAAUUAAUAUAAGUUUGAAGUGAAUUAAUAACUAAACUUAGCUCGUACUUUGUGUAAAGAAUUAUUUUGUACAGUUAAAAUUUUUAACAUAAAUAAUUUUUUUUCAAUCACU